GAGGCAUCUGGAUCAGUCCACUUUGUAGUGUUUUGACGUACACAAGUUGAGAUUUUGCGUCGCGUCUUGAAAUUCUAGUAUUUUCUGGGUUAUCGUGUGUUUUUCAUUGCAUACCAUGUUUGCGGCUUCCCCGCUGAAUGUCACCAAUUCCUUUGGAGGAGCUCCACAGACAACUAAUGUGAAUCCCAUGAAGGAUUUCGAGGUAACAUCUCCGCCCGAAGACACUGUCUCCUGCAUGGAGUUCAGCCCGGCAAGCGUGGCUCAGAAUUUCUUGAUAGCCGGCAGCUGGGAUAGCUGUGUGAGGUGCUGGGAGGUGGAGAUGACCGGAAAGACCGUACCCAAGCAGAUGAAGACAAUGGGGGGCCCUGUACUGGAUGUCUGUUGGUCAGAUGAUGGUGGAAAGGUGUUUAUUGCAUCUUGCGACAAGCAAGUCAAAUGCUGGGAUCUUGCUUCUGAUCAGAUGGUUCAAGUGGCAGCCCAUGAUGCUCCUGUAAAGACUUGUCACUGGGUCAAGGGAUCCAACUACACGUGCCUCAUGACAGGAUCUUGGGAUAAAACCCUCAAGUUCUGGGACACACGAUCCCCCAAUCCCAUGAUGGCCAUCACUCUUCCCGAGAGAUGCUACUGUGCCGAUGUGGACUACCCAAUGGCAGUGGUGGGAAUGGCUCAGCGUGGUCUUAUCAUCUAUUCGUUGGAAAAUAAACCCACGGAGUACAAGAGGCAGGACAGCCCUCUCAAGUAUCAACACAGGGCAGUUAGCAUCUUCCGGGACAAGAAAAAGACUCCCGUGGGAUAUGCCUUGGGAUCUAUUGAAGGACGUGUGGCCAUUCAGUAUGUAAAUCCGACCAAUGCCAAGGACAACUUCACAUUCAAAUGCCAUCGUUCCAAUGGGAAUUCCGGAUAUCAGGACAUUUACGCUGUCAAUGACAUUGCUUUCCAUCCGGUUCAUGGGACUCUGGCCACUGUUGGGAGCGAUGGGACCUUCAGUUUCUGGGACAAGGAUGCCCGAACCAAGCUCAAGUCAUCGGAGACCAUGGAUCAGUCCAUCACAAAGUGCUGCUUCAAUUCCAACGGGCAAAUAUUUGCCUACGCCAUUGGCUACGACUGGUCCAAGGGGCAUGAGUACAAUCUCAAUCACAAGACCUACAUCUGCCUCCGACCCUGCUACGACGAGCUCAAGCCCCGAGCCAGCUCCUAAAAACCUCCAUUUCAAUGAGAGAUCAAAUAAAAAAUACCAGAAAUUUUCUCAUCUACAAUCAA